AAGGGACAGAAGAGUUUUGUAUACGCUUUAACUAAUCUUCUCUGGGUUCUUGCUGUUAUAGUCCAGUUCUCUGAGCAGAGACAGAGUAGGAUUGUUCACAAAGGAUAUUGGAACAGCAAAAGUGUGGAAUCAAAACAGAACAUGGAGUCAUUUCUCGAGGAUCUAAAAAUUCAAGUCCAGUGUUCUCUGUGUAAAGAGACAAUGUUUGAACCCAAGUUAUUACAAUGUUUUCAUACAUUCUGUAAGACUUGUAUCAAGACAAAUGCACAACUUGAUGGUCAAGUCAACAUCUUCAAGUGUCCUCAGUGUGACUCAUCAACCGAGCUCAAAGAACUCAACGACGUGGAAGACUUAGAGAUCAGUCCCAUACACUCAAGAAUCGUGCAAGUCUUGUCAUUUGUUGAGAACCAGAAGGUUUGCUCGGUUUCUGCCAGCCAUAGUGAUGCAUUGUGGCAAUGUCUCGACUGUGAUCGCUCGUUAUGUGACGAAUGCUUAAGCAGUCAUUCCAUAUUCACUAAAGAUCACAAAGUUGUUGCAUUGUCUGAGAUGACAAAGGAAGACAUCGAGGGUAUGCUGAAGAAAGAAAGUCCUUGCCAAAUUCAUUCCAAUCACGAUAUAGAAUCGUACUGCCGAGACUGCGACAUGCCUAUCUGUCUGAUUUGCUUGAAGGAUCAUCACAAAAACCACAAGAUAACUUCAAUGCAUGAGUUCUUGGCUGCAAAGAAAGAUUCUCUGUCSAAAAACCUCGAAGAAAUCGAGAGUCUUAAAGAAGAUGAAGAGAAAAAGAAGCAACAAGAACAAAUUGCAGUCGGCAUUAAACGCGAUGCAAAACAAGCUCAGGCAAAAAUCAAAGAACUUACCAAAAACUUGUUCAAAGCUAUAAUUGAUCAAGAGCAAAAACUUUUGAACGGAAUUCAGAAGAAGACAACGAAGGCUGACUGGAAUUUACGCAUAAUACAUCACGCCCCGGCAGCACAAGAAUACAUCARGUACCUMAUUCAAAAUGGAACURUAAGCGACAUGGUUGACAUUCACUCACAARCAGAAUGCUCGAAAACRUUCACYUACAACGCAUUUGAAAAACACAUCGCUGGGAUGGAAUUCAAACCCAAUGAAAUACUUUUUGAACAAGUGAAUACUGGCUUAGGACUAGUAAGAGAAACAUCUCCAAAGGCAGACCCAAACAUUUGCUCAUUUAAAAUUGAGCCUGCUGAAUUUGAGGCAACGAAAAACGCAACAUUGACAGUGGUACUCAACCAAGGAGAGCCYUGUGACUCGUCUCUUGAUGAYGUAACAAUACAAUUUACCCCUGAAGAUGACGUCAGUGUAGGAGAGAAACGAUUGGCAGACAACGGUCAGAUCGAAGUAACCUUUACUCCACGUGUUUCUGGUCAGUUGACAGCWGAGGUUGAAGUACAUGGAAAUCCUGUAUYCAMCAGUCCACUAGUGAUGGAUGUYAAACCACAAUACAUACAGGAGAMGUCCAUUCAUUCGAAAUUGAAAAUUGCUUUAAAUAAUAUCUCAAAGGCACAGCUUUCUGGCAUUGCAGUAAAUAAAUCGAACACUAAGAUUGCUGUAGCAGCCUUGGAGGAUUGUUGUGUCAAAGUGUUCAACAUGGAUGGGGAUUUGGUACGGUCAUAUGGUAGUAAAGGCAGUGGACGAGAACAGUUACAGAAUCCACUUGGUUUAGCAUUUCUCAAUGAAACAGAKUUAGUCAUAGCUGAUUCUGGUAAUCAUAGAAUAUGUAUUGUUGACACAACCUCUGGCAACUUACUGAAAACCUUUGUUUAUAAGACUGUUAAUGGACAGACUGGUUGUCCCAGUACAGUACAUGUUGACGAUGAUUUAAACAUCAUUAUAUGUGAUAAUAAUAUUAUCCAAGUGCUGUCAAAGAACGGUUGUCAUAUAUGUCAGUUUACUGUACCUAAUUGCAGUCGGCCUUUAUGCGCAAUUAAACACAAUGGACUGUUCUAUGUCAKUGGUAGAUCAUCAGGGGUGGUACACGUAAUUGAGAUGAAAGAUGACCAUUCACCAACUAUAGUUAMAACUMUUUGUGGCUUACCCCAAGACGGUUACCGUCAUGAAUAUAGGUGUCUCGUUAUUGACGAUGAUAAUUUUUUGGUGUGUGAUGCUAUGYMUAGUCCUGGUAACUAUAGUUCGUAUCAUCUGAUGCUUCGCAAGUUUACACUCGACGGUCGUUGUGUAGGUGCAAGUACAGCUCCGUAUUACUAUAACUGCAACCUCCAGUUCAUAGCAGCACUGAAUGAUGGUCGGAUAAUCUGCACUGCUGGCAMAGGGCGGGUAUUAUUCUUUUAGACUCGGCCCAUACAAGAUAUGUUUUAUGACAAACAUUAAGAUGAAAUAUAUGUAUGUACAUGUGAAACAUUUAUAUCCGACAGUUUUGAGCUUAACUAGACACACGAGAUACUCAACAUUCGGAAAAAAUUCGCCAGUUGAUUCGAACGUCGUAUUUCACAUGUGCUGAGUUGACCUCAUGCAGAAUAUUCUAGGGUGAUAAUGUAUGAAUUUGUCAGAGUACCACAUGUAAUGGCAAAGAACGAUAUACGUAGAUUACGAUAAGGAGGCAUUAAAUUCGGCAAAUUUAUUCGACGCCAUGGAACCAAUGCCGUAUUCUUACUUCAGUUGUAGUUUUUAUCUUACGUUAAAUAGGAUUCGAUUAGACACAUGUGAAAUACUGCCUUUGAGCUUCGCAUUACUAGAAAGAACUCAAUGAAAAUAGACAGCAAGAGCAGUGUUACGUACCUUUGCGUCCAAAUCCGUGGCAGUCUGAACCAUAUAUCUUCCUUGUUAACGUUACAUAAAAGCCAGAUCUCUGGAAACGUAAAAAUUAUAAUUUAACAAUAGAGUGAGUUGAAUCUAGGGCGUUAUGCUAUGAUAGUUGUCCGCCGCGGAAACUGGAUAUUCCAAAAAGCAAAUAGUUGCCUGAAAACUCUAUUCAAGAGCAAUUAUAACUUUUGAGGAACAUCCAGUUUUCGAAGGCAASUAUCACAGCAAAAUGCUCGAGAUUUCAACCACGUAAAUAUCGUUAAUCAAUCAAACAUUUAGAAAAGUUAAGAAUGUUGAGAUACGCAAUAAGUAACGUGUAACCAAAUGGCGUAUAAACGUUGAGAUAACUCCGAUGCGCAAUGAGUAACGUAAAAUUCAGGUAACGUAAAAUUCAGUUAACGUAAAAUUCAGAUACGCAAUAGUUUGAUAUAGUAACGCGUCGUUUGCAAAUYUAGUCAAGGAUUGACAAGAGAAAGAGUUUUCAGUAGAUUGUAAUAAUAACGUUAAAGYACGUUCACAAAUUAUACAUGUAUGUACAUUGACAGAACUUUGUUCAAGGUUCUUCAUGAUCAUUUUUCACAUUUUCCAAUUUAUUGUAAAAAGGCAGUUGCCAAAUGGCACAAGAAAUAAACGUUAACGUGUUUAA